AAAUUUUCUAGAGAAUUUCUCAUACAUACAGAGCUUGAAUUUCGAAAAUGGCGUCCUUCAAACGCAGAAACUCCUCCUCCUGCUCCUUCCUCAAUCUCCUCCUCUCGUUCCUCAAUUUAAUCCUCUUCAUCCUCGCCGCCGCCGCAAUUGCUCCGAUCAUCGCCCUCCGGAAUCCGCCGACUUCUCUCGGCUGGGCACUCCUAAUGGUCUCGCUCAUCUCGCUCAUAUGCUCCUUCGUCGGCUUCUACUCUCAGCUCACUCAUUUCUGUUACGUAUUCCACAUUUCUCUCCUCCUCGCCUCCUCCGCGAGCCAGCUGCUCGGAAUCCUCGCGCUCUUCACCAAGGAGAGAUCGAGCCUCGCGAUGUUCAAGUCUCCUAGGGAUCCGCGCGAGGCCAAGCUAUUAGUGAGAUUGGAGUGCGGAGUCCUGAUGGCGAUGUUGGUGACGCAGCUAGGGGUUCUGCUCCUGAGCUGCGCGGUGCACAACUGCUGGAUUAGGGAAUAUGAAGGCCUGGAGGCAGAACACGAGGCGGCGAGCGAGAAGCGUCGCCGGAGAAUGGCGAGAGUGCAGGAGGAAUCCAUGGCUAAUGCGGCGAAAAUUGCAGAGAUGAAGGCCAUGGAAUUGGAUGAGAAGAUGAAGAACAAGUAUGGCUCCAAAAUUGAUUUUCCUGAACCCUAAUUGCUGUUAAUUAAAUACGAUUAUAUUCAGUAUAUUGUGAUUGAUUAUUUUAUUGAUAGAUUGUUUGGUGUAAUUUCAUCAAUUUUUUGUUUGUGCCUUAUUUCCUGUGGUCACUAUAGAAAUGGCCGCCCUGUAAUGUAAUUGGAGUAUUUAUUUUACUGUUGCUAUUAUAAUGUUACAUAUUUAAAUUGCAAUA